GCUGCAAAUGCCUGAGAGGGGUGACGCCGCUGUGAUUCUGAAGAUCCGGAACAAGCUGCUCUAUGGCGAGUCUCGGUUUUAAGCGCAAUCCCAGCUUAGGGGAGGUAAAAAUCCCCCAAAGGGAACCCCAGUCACCGGAACUUAGAAUACCUUGUCCAGUGAAUCUCGUCAAUCAAGAUACCCAUUCCGGUGUUGGUUACCCACAUUGCGAGGAAGACCAUAUCAAUCACAACGCUGACAGGUAUCACGUGACUUACCCGGCGUCGACGCUACCCAAUCGCAGUAUGCUACGUCGACCCCUCUCGGCCAAUCAGUUCGCUCACUCUCACUUCCAGCUAAGGAAGUCGAACUCAAGGCAGUGUAGCUGGAAAUGUACGGCCUUGUCCUUCAUAUUCGUCACCGUAGCUCUUACAGCCGCUCUUGCCUUUUUCCUAAUUUUACUGUCGCCUACGUGGCAACAGGAUGCCAACCAUGCCUGUCCUUUAGUUGAAGAUGUUGAUCUUGUAGUAGAAUCUUCGAAAGCAAAAGUGACAGACGCGCCCGCAUCGUCCAAGCCCAGCAGCAGUGCGACGUCCUUGUCCCCUUCCACAUUGUCCUUCGUGGAGAUCACGCUUGGAAGGCGUUCAGAAUUCCAGGUUGGGCCUUACAGUCACUGGAUAGUCCAGAUGAGGCAGAAGGGGCCAUCGCUAAUACGCUUCAACUACACGUUGCCGCUUGGAGCAAGACUAGGAGUCUUUGGAAGAAGAAACCAGCUACCCACACAUACGCGGUACAAUUUUCUGGAGAUCUUGACGACAGAUGGGGCCAAAAGCCUACGUUCUGAGAAG